AUGGUACACUCAUACGCAAUGGAUGGUGAAGGUCAAGAACAACUCAAAGAAAUGUCAGAUAUGGAUAAAGAUUACAGGUGGUUUGUGCUCACUCAUUUAAGCGAGGCGGAAAAAUUUAACUCACUUAAGAGAAAAAGAGAGACACCUAACAGUGUUGGCAAGGAGAGUGAGAGGACUAGUGUUAAUGACCCUCAAUAUGAACUCUUUUUGAGUAGACUGAAACUCAAUGGGAAAUCCUAUAUGCUUGAGGUCGAGAAAAAUGGUGUACCUAUGGUGAUUAAAUAUGGAGAAUCGGGUAGUUCCGACGAUGUUUGUGUUUCAAAGCUUCAGAAUAAAACAAAGGAUUUUAAUGUGCUUGCAAACGAGAAGCCUAGUCUUGGGAAUAACUGGGAAACAAUGAAUCAGGUGGAGCUUCAGGUGAAAUCUCGAACUGGUAAGAAGGCACAAAGGCAGCACAAUUUGCAGGAACGAAGUCGGCAUGACAUUCAAACUCGAGGUGUUAAGAAGCACAAGGUACCAACACUUAGAAAUUUAAGGAGUAAUGUCAAGUUUGACAGUGGAGACAAUUGUGGAGAGGAUGUACAGGCUGCAAAUAAGAAAGAUGGUGGAGAAAAUAAGAAGAAAAAGGACGAUGAUAGUGCUAGUGAUUUGGAAGUCCUAGAAACUGCUGAAUUUUGCAAUGAAGGAAACUAUGUCUCCAUCUUGCCUUCGAAUAAAUUAGACAAAAGCAUGAAUGAGGACGACUUCCAGAUUUUGGGUGUCCACUCUAAGUUCAGAAAAAAGGUCAUAAAUAUUAUGAGAAAGCCAUACAACAGAGCGGAGUAUGAUGAGCUUCGACAAGCUGUCAAAGCCCAAAGGACAGAAGAAAGAAAUGGAGUAUGUACAAGGACCAAAAAAUUAUGUGGGAAAUCCUAUCUUAAUUACUAUCCUGAUCUUCAUAGAAAGCUGAAAAAGUUCGAAAAUGACAGAAGAAGUAACUUGAAAACCUUACGAGGAUUUUUCUUUUGGCUGGAGCAUAAAUCAAUGGAAGGCUCUUUCAAACCUUGGAACGAUCCAGAAUGCUGCGCAGUGGAGCAAGAACAUUGUAAACCUCCCAGUCCUCCUGCUCCCCAUAGCCAGGGAAGGGGAAAGGAAGCAAUUUCUUCUGAACCCGGGAAACACCAUGAAAGCGUCGCAGUGGAGAAAGAAUUGUUAGCCUUCCCCUCCUAG